CGCUGCCUCCUCUAUAUAAACACACACUGGAGAGUGGAGUUCACGUUUAGAAAGUGUGUAUGAAAAAGAGAGAGAGAGAGACCAAGUAAAGGAGGUGAAGGAGGUAGAGCGCGAGACGCACCGCCGCCCGAAGACUUUUUACCUUGAACCGUCAGCAUCCGAGCACGAGCGGCCGAGGAUUACUCACAUCUCACACAUCCAUUCAUCUCUUCUUCAUCACUCUCAUCCUCAUCUUGCUGAGCCGCAGCGUCACCAGUUCAAACAUAUUAGCGCAGAGUAGGAGCUCAUUUCUCUACUGGAUUUAUUAUUAUCAUUACUAUUAUUAUUUUACAUUUUUCAAUUUCACUUUGAAGAAUUUUCGUAAACAAUUUUACCCUUAACAGUUGAGCAUCUGAGGUCUGACUGAUAACUUUUCCCCCCCGGUUCCAGGUUCGACACAUUCGUUUGAAGGACAUGAGUUUGUUCCUGUGACUCAACAGGUUUCUGCAGCUGAUUCGAAACAGAGCAAAAUGAUCGUUCUAGUGGUUACUGAGUAUCCCGAGUCGACGCGUCUUGUCCCGCACGCGGCCGAUUAGAGCUCGUGCCACAGGAGAUCAGCUCCAACGCCGCACUUUGACGCGCGCGCACACACGCGUUUGAUGAGCCGUCAAGCGUCUGGACUCGCGCUCCUCAGCACCGCCGCUGUCACCCGCGCAAAGACCCCGUGAGCAGCCGCUCCGCCGCGGGCUUCAUUCAUCCUCCGAUCGCCCCCCCCUCCCCCCACCGGUCCGUCCGCCGAGCUCCGCGCGGGAGUCCAGGACAGGAGGCGCCGGGACGCGCUCGCCGCCGCCAUGCUUUUCCAAGGUUUCGACCUCAUCUCGGCUCUGGCCACCCUGGCGGCUUGUCUCCUCUCAAUGGCUCUGCUGCUGGCCGUGUCCCAGCAGCUGUGGCAGCUGCGAUGGACCGCCACCCGGGACAAGAGCUGCAAGCUGCCCAUGCCCAAGGGCUCCAUGGGAUUCCCCUUCAUCGGAGAGACGUGCCACUGGCUCGUGCAGGGCUCUGGAUUCCACGCAUCGCGGAGGCAGAAGUACGGCAACGUGUUCAAGACCCACCUGCUCGGCCGGCCUCUGAUCCGGGUGACGGGGGCAGAGAACGUGCGGAAGGUGCUGAUGGGAGAGCACAGCCUAGUGAGCGUGGACUGGCCUCAGAGCACCGCCACGCUUCUUGGCCCCAACAGCCUGGCAAACUCCAUCGGAGACAUCCACCGCAAGAGGAGAAAGAUUUUUGCCAAGGUGUUCAGCCACGAGGCUCUGGAGACCUACCUGCCCAAGAUCCAGCAGGUGAUCCAGGAGACGCUGCGCGUGUGGAGCAGCAACCCGGAGCCUAUUAACGUGUAUCGGGAGUCGCAGCGACUCUCCUUCCACAUGGCCGUGCGCGUGCUGCUCGGCUUCCGUGUCUCCGACGACGAGAUGCACAGCCUCUUCACCACCUUCCAGGACUUUGUGGAAAACCUCUUCUCCCUGCCCAUUGACCUGCCGUUCACUGGCUACAGGAAGGGAAUCCGUGCCCGGGACAAGCUGCAGAAGGCCGUGGAGAAGGCCAUCCUGGAGAAGCCGCUGUGUUGCCAGGGGAAGGACUACGUGGACGCGCUCGAUGUGCUCAUUGAAAGUGCCUCUGAGAACGGGGCGGAGCUCACCAUGCAGGAGCUCAAGGAGUCCACGAUCGAGCUCAUCUUUGCGUCUUUCGCCACCACAGCGAGCGCCAGCACGUCGCUCAUCAUGCAGCUGUUGCGCCACCCCAUGGUGCUGGAGAAGCUGCGGGAGGAGCUGCGGAGCAGGGGCAUCCUGCACAACGGCUGCCUGUGCGAGGGGGCUUUGCGGCUCGACAACAUCUGCAGCCUCAAGUACCUCGACUGCGUCAUCAAAGAGGUGCUGCGGCUCUUCACGCCCGUGUCCGGGGGAUACCGCACCGCCAUGCAGACUUUCGAGCUCGACGGGGUGCAGAUACCGAAGGGCUGGAGCGUGAUGUACAGCAUCCGGGACACCCACGACACCUCGGCCGUCUUCAAGGACGUGGACACCUUUGACCCGGAGCGCUUUAGCCAGGAGCGCAGCGAAGACAAGGAGGGGCGCUUUCACUACCUGCCCUUCGGCGGGGGGGUGCGCACCUGCCUGGGCAAGCAGCUGGCCACCCUCUUCCUGCGCCUCCUCGCCAUCGAGCUGGCCAGCAGCAGCCGCUUCGAGCUGGCCACGCGGACGUUCCCCCGCAUUGUCUCCGUGCCCGUCCUGCACCCCAACGACGGCCUCAGGGUCAAGUUCUUUGGCCUGGACUCCAACCAGAACGAGAUCAUGGCCAAGUCCGACGAGAUCCUGGGCGCCACCGUCUGAACGGCCGGGGCAGAGGGGGGUGAGGGCUGCGGCGGGAAAGAGCGGUUUCGCAACAACAACGCGCCGCUUUCCCUUAGUUAAUCUCUGUUGACUUCUCAGAAAAAAGAAAAAAAAAAAAAAAAAAAUGGUUGGACUUUUUGAAGAGGAGAAAGAAAAUUAAGCUGCCAAAAUGUAUAGUCUCGUUUCCUUUUCUAAAAAAAUAAAAAAGAAAAAUGUAUAUGGGAAAACAAAAAUGAAAGUAAUGUAAUGAUGCACAAUAUAAUAGGGUGUUGCCAGGAGUCUCUGGCGGACGUAGGACAGCGAGGCAGAGCGGCCACGAGCGCGUCGUAAAGAGAGGAAGCUUGAGCAUCGGAUUGAUAAACAGGGUAAAAAGAGUCAUGAAAGACACAAGGGGACUGGGUGCAGGCGGGUGGUCAUUGCUGGUGGUCGGAGGAGGAGAACCGUGGAGACCCAAGACGCCCUGGACUCGCCUCCCUCUCGAACCCGGACAGUCGGACAGAAGCGGGAGGAGGAGGAGGAGGAGGGCGGGAGGUGGCGCUGCGAGGAUCUGGCAGAAGGAGAUUCUGCUGAAAGGGUUGAGGAAUGUAGACGAAGCAGGAGAGCCGCAACGGUCGAGAAAAAACUGUGCAAAACUCAGGUGUGAAAGGAACACAGGCAGCCGGGAAGCUCUUCUUUAUGCCUGUCCUGCACAUAAAAGACUGGUUUUCGCCUUCUUUCUAGAACCUGUAACCUGUGCUUUAUUUCGCUGAUGUCACGUGGACAUUUUUACAGCUGCCGUCGUGUGCGUGCGCGAGAGCGAUCGCGUAGAUGGGGGGCCGUUGGCGGAACGUGGGCCGAAGGAGUCGACCUUUUCCGCUUCGGAGCGCUUGGACUCCGGGAAGAAGAUGUUUUGCUGCUCCGGGCAUCGACGCUAAAAUGCAACUGAAGACAAGGACUGGCGGGAGGCGGAAAGGACUCAGGAGACGGUCGCACAACAGGGGUCACGCUUCGCUUCGACGGCAGGAUUUUCCGUUCGGAAAGGGUUCGAGGGCCACGUUUCGGAACACCGACGCGAGACGAGAACCCGGAAGACAAGGGACACAAAGUGUCACUCGAGAACAGACUCUCGGACGGCGUCCGUGGG